AUGUUCUUGGGUUUGCUAACAAGAAGACAUGUCAUGAACCUAUUCCUUUUUCAGGAAGAUAUUAGUAGUGAAACAAAUCACAGAAACCUUAAGCUACUAGUCCAAAAACGUUCAGCUAAUAAACUUACGUUCCCAUCUCUGUGGUCAAAUACUUGUUGCAGUCAUCCUAUCAUGAAUUUUCCUGAUGAACUUAUCGAAUCGGAUGCGAUAGGGGUGAAGAAAGCUGCACAAAGAAAGCUGUUCCAUGAACUCGGCAUCAACAAUACUUUUGUUCCAUUAAAUCGGAUACACUUCUUAGGUCGAGUGCUAUAUACAGCUCCAAAUGAACCAUGUACGCAAACUGCAUUCGCAGAACAUGAAGUGGACUACAUUCUUGUCAGCGUGCUAGAUCCAGUUGCCACUCGAAAUCUUGCAGAUACAGACUUAAUGAAACUAAAUCCUGAUGAAGUCAGUGACGCUCGUUGGAUGGCUUUUAGUGAUUUCAACUAUAUGAAAUGUUCCCCGAGAGAUCAUAUAAGCACAUCAAAAACUUCAGACUCCGAUUUCUGCAGAUCAUCCAUCACCCCUUGGCUACGUGGUCUUCUUGCACGCGGUCUCUUGCAAAAAUUAUUUAGUUGGGCAGAAGCAUCAUGUGGUAAUCACUUGCAGGAACGUUUUUUGACUGAAGACCAAUCCUGGGAUAGAACUAAAAUAAUACAUUUAUCUUCCGAGGACGUACAAUAA